CCGUCACAAUAACACCACCAACAACCACACGUGCUCGACAGUCAAUGUACUCCGUACACUAUACAGACAUCCUCGAUAUUGCAGCGACGCAACGGACAUGGAUGUCUUCAGGAGAAUCCUGCAGUAUCGAUAUUAAGGGGACGGAAUCCCAACGGAGAAGGCACGGCGUUCGGAAUAAGACCUAUCCAAAGCUCGGACAACAAAGGAUGGGGCAGUGUUUAUCCAACCUCACUCGGGAUCCUUCACCCAACGAACCAAAGGUCUCCUGAAUCGCGCAGCCUCCACUUCACGAUGAUAUAUCGUUCCGACCCAUGGAACUGCUUCCAAUGGCGUCUCAACUGCAGGCUGCGCUUAACCUCGUCUUCACGACGCCCUGCAGCUACUUGCCAGAUAGAGAAUCGCGAUGACAGCACAGCACAGCACACCAGCGGACCCCAAAUCCUUCCUCUGCCCCAUCUUCGGGCCCAUCCCGAAGGAAAAGAAACCAUCGAAGACUGGAAGAUCCUUCCACAGCGGGGUCACACCGAAACCAAGGCGAACAUCAGCCGGACAAGCCGAAAGCUUUGCCAACAGGGCUCGCAUCCUUCCGCAGCCCCCGUUAUGGGCAAUGGAGCUGCCCGAGGAAUCCACCGCGAGGCGCAAGGCAACUUACUGACCGUCCUUUGGCUUGGGUUGUGGGAUAAGGGCUGUUGGUUCCUAUUGUUGCGGUGCCCGUCAAAGAACACGCCACGACCGUGCACCCCAGACAACACCACAUUGUUCAAGCACUGCCUCGAUAGCUACUUCUUAAAUCAUAAAUGAUCCAUGGUCGUCCCAUCUGAGCUCCAAGUUUCUCCCUCACCACUUUCUCCCCAGUCUUGGCGAUCGCGCAGUUCAUAUCCACUUCCUCUUC